CUGUACAUGUGGCUGUGCUCUUCCCUUUGUUCCUACAUCGAGAGGUCGACUUCCUCAUCCUUUCUAGAGUGCCAACCAGUCAAAAUGACCAGUACUGCAAAUAGCAAAGACGAAAAUGACGAGAUCCAACCUCCUCAAAAGCCCCCUUCUCCACCGCCUCACACUACAUUCGCAAUUCGAGGUAUACAUGUACGAAGCCUCACGGACCUCGGACAGAUUCUAGACGUUGACACUCAUUCAUGAUCAUAUUCGCUACCAUAUCAGCCUCCAACCUUCUCUGCUUUCAAGCCGAGGGACUACCGAAUACCAAAUUCUCAGGGCAUGAAUCACGUUGCGUGGAAUUGCGACGGAAAGAAGCUGGCUGCUGUGGGUGUGGACAAGGCUACCAGAGUUUGGAAUCCGGAUAAGAGUGUGAGUUUGCGUGUGUCUAAGCUAUUCUGAAAUUUUAUGCUGCUUCUUACUUCCAGAUGGAACACCGGUCCGCCCAGAUGUUUUCGGGAGGACAUGCCGACGAGGUUGAUUAUGUCUCGUGGAAUCCAACCCAUCCAGAAUUAUUUUGUACAUCCAGUCAAAAAGACAGGAGGAUCGUGUUUUGGGAUGCAAGGCAGAGUAGAUAUAUUCAACAAAUUGCUUCAAAGUCAGCCCCCAACUACACGACAUAUUCCCCGGAUGGUCGGACAAUCAUGAUAUGUUCAACGGCGAAUCAUACAUCUUUCUUGUCAUUCGGGAAAGAGGUGGAAGAUAGCAAGGAACAGUGGAGACCCACGGAUAAAGUCCCGACCACUGCGAGCACCGGAAUAUUCAAUCAUGCAGGGAACGGUUUAAUUCUGGCUCAUCACGCGGAACAUAGUGUCAAAGUACUCGACUAUCCCAGCAUGGAAGCACGAGAAAGUGCUCCUGCGCAUGUCGCAGGAUGUGUAACGUUGGCUCUAGAUCCUCGAGGUCGCUACCUGGCUACAGGGGGACACGAUUCCAUCGUGAAUCUCUUUGACGUAAAUGAUUGGAUUUCUGCGAAAACCAUAACGUCCUCCGAUCAUUCCAUCACCGCCGUUAGCUUUUCCUUCGAUGGCGAAUACCUAGCAAUCGCGAGUGCGGGAUCAUAUAUUGACAUUUGUGGGACAGAAACAUGCGCACCCUUACACAGAGUUCCAGCUGUAGGCCCUGCCCCAUCAGUGAGCUGGCACCCCUCAAAAUACAUUAUUGCUUAUUGUGGGCAGACGAAACUAAGAGAAGGUGGGCCGCCGCCGGUUUCCGUGGUUAGCCUGUUUGGACUUUUGGACUCUUAGUCCGUAUCGUAAACUGCUUGUCACGAUGUGAUGUACCACACGGCUGUGUCUGUACCUUUUUCCUCUUGUGUCACGGAACUACCCAGAUAUUGCGGCGCUUCGUUUGGAC